UUGGAGAGCCCCAUGCGGGCGCUCUCCGAGCCUCAGCAGUGGCGCUCUCAGUUCAGCCGUGAAGGGGCCUCCGAGCUGCAAGGUGGUGGAGACGCGGAGAGACACCCCGGUGUUGGGGACAGGGGAGCCGCCGAGCUCGCUCCGGCCAAGCGGCUUUUCGAGGCGGAGCGCCCGCCGCUCUUCGGUGCCAGCCCCGGCCAGUCAUGGGGUAAAGGGAGUGAGCGGAGCGGACGGAACAAUAAAAGCUGCUGCCGGCUCCUCCCGCUGCUGACUGACUGCUUGGCCAAGUGCGGCUGGCGGGUGGAGGGGGUGGGGUGGAAGGGCCGCGAUGCUGGACGCUUGGAGGUGCUGACCAAGCUGGGGAGCAGAAGCGGAGCGAGACGGCAGGAGGAAAGGCGCGCGGCGGAUGCUUUGCGCGACCGGGGGGCGGCGGCGGCGGCGCGGCGGCGGCUAGAGACGAGGGCGGCGGCGGCGGCGGCGGUGGCGGAGGAGAGAUGAUCGCGGAGUUGGUGAGCGGCGCCCUGGGGCUCGUCCUGUAUCUUAACACUCUCGGCGCGGAUUUCUGUUACGAUGACAGCCGAGCUAUCAAGACAAACCAAGAUCUUCUUCCAGAAACACCUUGGACUCACAUAUUCUACAAUGACUUUUGGGGCACUCUUCUUACCCACAGUGGGAGCCAUAAAUCAUAUCGACCACUUUGUUCACUUUCUUUUCGCCUCAACUAUGCUAUUGGAGGAAUGGACCCUUGGAGCUAUCAUCUUGUAAAUGUCUUGUUACAUGCUGCAGUCACUGUUCUUUUCACAAGUUUUUCCCGAAUAUUGCUGGGUGAUGGAUAUUGGACCUUACUUGCUGGCCUGCUGUUUGCUUCUCAUCCCAUCCAUACUGAAGCAGUGGCAGGCAUAGUGGGAAGAGCUGAUAUUGGAGCUUGCCUUUUUUUCCUGCUCGCCAUAAUGUGUUACAUCAAGCACUGCUGCACAAGAAGUUAUUCAGAAGGAACCUGGGGCUGGCUCUUGGGUACAGGCGUGUGUGCCACCUGCAGCAUGUUGUGGAAGGAGCAAGGAGUGACAGUUCUAGCAGUUUCAGCAGUUUAUGAUGUCUUUGUGUUUCACAGACUUAAAAUGCACCAGAUCAUUCCUGCUAUUAACAAGAGGAAGAAUUUACCACUACUUUUGAGCAUUGGUUUAUUGAUCUUCUGGGGAACUUUGCUGCUAGGUUUUCGCUUCUACUGGAUGGGGAACAAACCUCCCAGCUUUUCCAACUCUGACAACCCAGCAGCUGAUUCAGACAUUUUUCUAACACGAACUCUAACAUUUUUUUACCUACCAACCAAAAACCUUUGGCUAUUGCUAUGCCCAGACACUCUUAGCUUUGAUUGGUCCAUGGAUGCUGUGCCUCUUCUCAAAACAGUCAGUGACUGGAGGAACCUAUACACAGUGGCCUUUUAUGCUGGACUUUUCCUUCUUGCUUACUCUGGCUUGAAAAACUCCAGCAAAGAGAGAGAAUGCAAUGGGAAAAAUAUAACCAAUGGCAAGCCGAAUACCAAUGGUCAUAACUUUAUAUCAGAAAUGGACUGCAAAAGCUUGGAGAUGAAGUCCAGCUUUCUGUCUAAAGAAGAAAAUGGCAUUAACAGAUACUUGCCACAGAAACCACAACUUCCUUCAACUGAGAACAUUGUAGUUCUGUCUCUCUCCCUGUUAAUUGUGCCCUUUAUUCCAGCCACAAACCUGUUUUUUUAUGUCGGCUUUGUAAUAGCAGAGCGUGUGUUGUAUAUACCUAGUAUGGGCUUCUGCCUGCUGAUCACGGUGGGCACCAGAGCCCUCUACAUAAAAACCCAAAAGCGCUUUCUGAAGAACUUGAUUUUUUUUGCCACUGCUGCAUUAAUUUUUUUAUAUGGACUCAAGACUUUUGUCAGGAAUGGAGACUGGCAAAAUGAAGAAAUGCUGUAUAAGUCAGGGAUAAAAGUAAAUCCAGCUAAAGCAUGGGGUAACCUUGGAAAUGUUCUAAAGAGCCAGAGCAAGAUUUCUGAAGCUGAAAGCGCCUACAGAAAUGCCUUGUACUAUCGCAGCAACAUGGCUGAUAUGCUCUAUAAUUUGGGGUUGCUGCUGCAGGAAAGCAGCAGAUUUUCAGAAGCUCUCCAUUACUAUAAAUUGGCCAUUGGAAGCAGACCUACUUUAGCUUCUGCCUAUUUAAAUACUGGUAUCAUCUUGAUGAACGAAGGAAAGGCAGAAGAUGCCAAGAGGACAUUUUUAAAGUGUUCAGAAAUUCCUGAUGAAAAUUUAAAAGAUCCUCAUGCUCAUAAGAGUUCUGUCACCAGCUGCCUUUACAAUUUGGGAAAACUCUACCAUGAACAGGGACAGUAUGAGGAUGCCCUCACAGUUUACAAAGAAGCAAUGCAGAAGAUGCCAAGGCAGUUUGCCCCACAGAGCUUGUACAACAUGAUGGGAGAAGCCUACGUGAGGCUCAACAGAUUAUCCGAAGCAGAGCAUUGGUAUGUGGAAUCACUACAAUCCAAAGCAGAUCAUAUCCCAGCUCAUCUUACGUACGGGAAGCUUCUAGCUUUAACGGGUCGAAAGAGCGAGGCUGAAAAAUAUUUCUUGAAGGCAAUUCAACUGGAUCCUACCAGGGGAAAUUGCUAUAUGCAUUAUGGUCAGUUUCUACUGGAAGAAUCACGUUUGAUAGAAGCAGCUGAGAUGGCAAAGAAAGCAGCUGAGUUGGAUAACACAGAAUUUGAUGUGGUUUUCAAUGCAGCCCACAUGCUCAGACAAGCUAGCCUCAAUGAAGCAGCUGAGAAGUACUAUAAAAUGGCAGCUGAACUGAGACCUAAUUAUCCAGCUGCCCUGAUGAAUCUGGGAGCAAUUCUGCAUCUUAAUGGCAAACUCAUAGAGGCUGAAGCAAACUAUCUCCAUGCCCUUCAGUUUAAACCAGAUGAUGUCAUCACACAAUCAAACUUACGCAAGCUCUGGAAUAUUAUGGAAAAACAAGGCUUAAGGACAUCAAAGACAUGACAAAGGAGAAAAAAAAUCCAUAGACCCUUUCUGUUUUGGUAAAGGGAAAUGAAAAAGUCAAUUUCAGAAGAACUUCCAGGAUGUUCUUUUGUUUGGCACUCAAAUUGGACUGGAGUCCAGUUGUCCAAGGUUGUAAUUGCUGCUAGGAGAACCUACAGGGCUGCUUUUUAUUGUGAUAGUUUGAUAGUAAGAGGGAGAUAGCAACCCUCUUAGACACUCAUGAAGGACUUGGUAGUUACCAUCACAAGCAUAUAAAUGAAAUAAUUUUAAAACUGGAACACUUGAAAGGAGCCCUUUCAGCAUGUUCAUUGAUUCAUUCUGGGCAUCCUCAUGUUGCUCAUUUCUAAGUGGUUUCUGAUAGAGGAUCAUGCUGCCUUAUAGCAUCAGUGUGAUCAGCAUGGAAAGUUAGAAGAGGAUAAAGACUAGUUUUAGGUCAUUUACUAAGGCUUUCUUGAAAAUUAUGUACUAAACUCAGUGAUUUUCCAAAUUGAAUUAAUGUUGUGGAUCAUUAGGGCUGACUGCUUAUCUGUUUCCCAAAAACUAUUUGAAAAACCUAACACUUUUGCUAAGAUUUUGCAAUCUUUCCUGAUAAAGUGCACAUACUUUUUAGCCUUUUCUCAAAAAUCUUGCUGGCUGUGGGUUUUGAGAAUAAUAAGCAAGGGUCAGCGAAGGGUAAACAAGCACACAGAAAAAAAAUGAACCCAAGAAUUAGAAUCAGUACACCCUAACCUUUUAAAAGAAAACCCUCUUUUUGUCAUGAAUAUUGCACUGUUUGAUUGUGUUCAAGGUACCUUCCUUUUUUUGUCAUUACAGGAAAUAGAAGGGACAAUUGUAAACUACUUAGGCAGAAGUCGGGAUGAUGCAGCAUAUUUGCUUGUUCACAUUUUUGCAUAGUUCUUGUCUAACACAGUCUGUCAAAUCUUCCAUAAAAGGAGCCCCAGUAUUGGAUCUAGACCAAGAGACAAGUAGCUGAAGGUGUGGGUUGUGGUGGGAGAGGUUCAGCUAUUUCUACUUUGUGGGUCUGCCUAAGACAUGAACGAGUAGACCUUGACACUUAGUAAUUUGUAAGCAUGGGUGAGUAUAGUGUAAAUCAGCCUGGCACUGACACUGCACAAGCAUGCAGAUCAUUGGACCAUGAUUGUAUAUAUCCCCAGUACAGAUUUAUUAGGUUGAAGUCGCAAAGCAGCAUGGGUCUCAGGAUUGAGUUGUAUAUUACUUGCUAAUGGAUGCAUAAGUCCCAUUCCAAAUGGCAGGGCAGAUGGACAUUAAGAGAUAAUGUUUGUAUUUAGCUUCAUUUCUGCCAUCAGAACAGCUCCACGUAGCUGAAAAAAAUCAGACGUGUGAGGCUGAUAAAUAUGAAUUUGCAGUGCUAGCAAUGUAUCUGAUUUUGACAUAUGCUACCCAGCCAGCAAGAAACAUCAAGAAUUUAAUGUUCUCAGCAUCUCAAGGUAUUCGACUCAAAUGGAUUGUGUUUCUGAUAGUAGUUGCCAAUUAAGUUUACAUUUUUAACAUUGAAAAUUGUUAACGUUGAAAAAAUGUUGUACAGCAUUUAAUCCAAUAUUGCAUCCAUUUCUUGAUUAAGAUAUGUAGUAACAUUUCAGUUUGACAUAGUUAUGGUAUUUUUGUCACACAAAAAAUUAUCUUUUACAAAUUAUGUUAGGCCUGCACUGUGCUCUUUCAUUUAGGGCACUUAGUAUGUUCUUUUAUGGGGUAGGCAACUUGUUUCUAAUAACCGAUUAAUAACCAUGUUCCAAAGAGAGCUGCAAACUUGUCCAGGGGCUCUUCUAUGCCCUCAUGAUUCUUUUGUGCCACAUCACAAACUGUUACUGUUUAUGUACUAAACCCAGUAAUUUUCCAAAUUCAUUUUAGUUUGGUCAUUUUAGUCUCAAAAUUCAUCUACAAUGAAAAUGGUGAGGAGGCUGCUGUCUGAGAAAGACAUCAUGUAGUGGGUUUUUUUUGGGGGGGUGGCUUAUUGACUUUGUAUCAUGGAGCACUUUGAAUCAAUUUUUUUUAAAAAAAUUCAUUUUUAUAUUACAAUGUUUCCUUAUUCUUGAAUAUUGCUUGAUAGCUAUAUACUGCUUGAGAAAUCACAAAAAAAGAAUAAUUAAGUAGUGUUUCACAACUGUUACUAGCCUUCUACUUUCCUACUCACACACUGUUCUAAAUGUUUAAGGUAUGUAUUGAUGCUUGGAGGGAGGUUAUUCUGUACAAUGUGGACCAUCUGGUUAUAUACCUUCUAUGUAAAUGUAUAACUGCUAAGGAAUAUGGCUAUCCAUCUUACUGGCAUGUUGCCAUGUAGGUCACAAUUUGUAAGUUGAAACUUGGAUGUCUGUGUGGGUUUCUAUUAUUACUGACAUUUUCAGUAAACAUGGGGGUCAUGAGCACUGUCUAAGUGUUCUGAUCUUAUAACCCUUUCCUGUCAUUCUUUCACUGAAGCUUGUGCAGGAACCACAACUAUUUCACUGUGCCAAUGGUACAAGCCCAAAAGCAGUGGUUUUUUUUUUAGAAAUGGGAAAAAUUACUUUUAAAGAGUUGAAAUACAGUGUUUUUAGUAUUUCAUGUUAAAGUGUGUGAUAGCUUGUUACUAUCCACUAUGGUACACUUCUUUCUGAAACCCUGUAAAAAUAACCUAUGUAUUAACCUAAGACUAAUAUGUGUAAGUAGUGAUAUCCUUACAUUUCAGCUAUCGAAUGCAGGUAUCAUUCUCCUGUUUUUCUCUCUCUUAUUCAUUGUGUGUGGGGUUUUUUUUAUUAAUUUUCUGUUCAUUGCACAAUGUUGAGUGACACACAGCACAGUUUUAUGGUAGUACUGAAGAUUGUCUUCUUUGAAAC